AAUAUCGUCCUUGGGCGUUUAUUGACCCGCCGCAUUUGGAAGUUCCCACGAUGCAUGCGCCGACGUCGAGAGUUGACUAGCUGGCUCGCGCUACACUCUUCCCCAACGACUUCCAGUAUGUCUGCCAGGGAUCUUCUGCGGUCUGUAGCGCGACAGAGAUGUAGUCAACGAUACGUCAGCAGUACGUCAGGCUAUAACGAAGCUUCAAAUGCCUGCUAUGUCUCCUACUAUGACCGAAGGCGCAAUUGCGCACUGGAAGAAGAAAGAGGGUGAGCCUUUCUCUACUGGUGAUAUCCUCCUCGAAAUUGAGACGGACAAGGCUACUAUUGACGUGGAGGCACAGGACGAUGGUGUGAUGGGCAAGAUUCUGGCGCCUGACGGUACUCGUAACGUUAAAGUCGGCAAGGCGAUUGCACUGCUUGCCGAGGAGGGUGAUGAUAUUUCAAACUUGCAACUCCCAGAAGAGGCCGAGCCUGCACCUUCAAAACCUGCCAAAGAAGAAGUUUCGCCCGCCCAACAAGCCCCUCCCCAGCCGACGCCUUCUACUCCAGAAUCCCGCCCACACGUAACACCCUCAUCCUCACGCCCUCUGUUCCCCUCGGUUAUCCGUCUCUUAAUUGAGAGCGGUAUCGAGAAGGCUGAUGAUAUCAAGGGAACUGGUGUUCGUGGCAUGCUCACUAAGGGUGACGUCCUGGCCUACUUGGGUAAGGCAAGUGGACCACUUGGAACAUACCAGGCUGCCUCGGAAAAGGAGGAACAGAAGAUCGAGAAGGUUGCGAAGGUUGCGAAGGUUGAGAAGGUUGAGAAGAAGCCAGAGCCAGCACCGCUAGAUGGUCUCGCUAUUCGUCGCCUCAUCGUAUCGAAUAUGUUAGCCUCUUCUAUCAAAGCGCGCACACCACCAGCGUCAGCCACUCCGCCGGAUUUCGACUCUAUCAUCGCAGACUAUCUGCCUCCGUCGCCGAAGCCUGCUUCUUCACCCGCCCCGUCCUCCAAAACGAAGACUAGUUCUUCCGGUUCCCUGGACGACUUGUUUUGAUUGAGUAUAGCUCCACUAUAAUAUGGUACUGCGUUGCCAUUAGACAUACCAUACAUUUCCACUCUAUUCCGUCAAGAAGGAACCAGCAUGCUACAGCAACUGAAACAGGAUGAAGAAAUCAGUAGUCUUGCUUAUUAUGAUUCGUCAAUAGCAAGACACUAUCCAAGCAACAUGGUCAGGACAAAGUCUCGUGUCGUCCAUAAUGCUCGAUGUGGCUUACCCUGAACUCUGUAAAAGCUUCUGCCGCUUUCGGACCUCGCAUCCGUGGUGAAGGAAUGAUGAGUUGUAAACUUAGCAAACCUCCUUCAUCUAUUCGCACCGACGUCUUGGUGGAAUGUUGUAAAGCCCGUGCUACUCGGACAACAUGCGAAGUUCGAUAUCUGUUCAGCGGGGACAUUAGUAUCUGAGCAUGCCGACGAGACCGGGAUCGCAUGAACACGCGUUUCUAAUAUCGUCUUAUCCCCACGAACACAGGUACACAGGGCGAGGAAGCCUUCGGGCGAACAAAAGGUGAAGAAUGUGGAAGGCACAUACGUGAAAGAGACAUGGGUAUCGCAUUCGCAUGACUCAAGAACUUCUUUGUCAUUUGGGUAGUCCAUCUGAACGCGAUAAGGUUAGCGCGAUUCUCGGAACAAAAUGGAACGUGAAAGGUUAUAGUUAGUUACCUCGGUUGUACCGAACGUGCCCGUUGCCUUUAUGCGUAGUCUUGGAGGUGCAGUAAGAGUAGGACCUCUACCCGGCGCAGGCGGGGGAUUUCCUAUAAUUGUUAGUUUGUCGCAGGAGGGAUGGAGUUCUGAGAGUGCAUCUUGAAGCCAUGACGACUGAGGAUUUGUUAGGAUGAAUGUUUGAGUCUAUGAAUUGUAUGUACCUUCAAAAUCAUUUUCAUAAUCCUAUUCGUUCCAGUGAGU